CGCUUCCCUCGAUGGGUCGCUUGGAGGCCCAAACCCUCGCUUCCCGUCGAGGGCCGUGCGCUCCUCCACUUCCCCCGCCGGAGAGUCGUCCUCCCGCCGACGCUAGUCGCCGUCGGUUGCCGCGCAGGCACCCGGAUCGUCGCCGCGGGAGGGGUGAAUCCGAUGGCUCCCGCAACCUUGGCGUCGUGAGGGAGAGGAAGGGGGUGCAGAAGAAUGUAGGCAUCGCGACGCUGGGGAAUCUGUGCGUCGACGUGGUUCUCGACGUCCCCAGGUUGCCUCCGGCCUCCACGGCGGAGCACCGGGCGUACAUGGAGCGGUGGCGGCUUCUCCUCCGGAUAAGAAAUUUUGGGAAGCUGGUGGUAACUGCAACUUGACCAUAGCUGCAUCAAGGCUAGGACUGUCAUGUUUCACCCUUGGUCAUGUUGGUGAUGAAAUCUACGGGAAUUUUCUUCUUGAUGUGCUUUGGAAUGAAAACAUUAGAUAUGUUGGAAUGAAAUAUCGACGACACUGCCAGCAUUGCAGCCUAUGAAACCCUUCUAUGCUGGGUUUUGGUUGAUCCAUUUCAAAAGCAUAGAUUUUGGAGGUCGAGUCAGUAACAGGGAUCAAGAACCCAAUUCAGGCAGGACAGGAAUUGAUUAGUAGAGGGGAACAAACAAAAUGGGUCAUCAUCAAAUUGGGUUCUAUGGGAUCUAUUCUGAUCAACAGUUCCACUGUCAUGCGCACCCUCAUUCAAGAUUAAUGUUGUUGAUACUGUGGGUUGUGGAGAUAGUUUUGCGGCUGCCAUAGCCUUCGGCUUUCUUCAUCACAUGCCUGCAGUUAACACACUAGCAAGCGCUUGCGAAUGCAACCGGUUGCGAAGCUGGUCAAAAUGAUGCUCACUUGAACAAAGUUCUAGAACUUCUGAAGCAAGCAAAUGUUGGACAUAAAGAUCGUUUUGUUCGGAGGGCCCUCACAAAGAGUUUCAUACUGGUGCUAACCCUUAAAACCAGAUCAUCUCUACGAUGAUUUUAUUGUCCACUUGAAAGGAUUACUUUGAGAUGUUUCUUUUUUUUUUUUUUUUUUGGAACAUGAGUCACUUAAAACUUAGCACUGGAAUUUCUUUGGUUCAUCUCAAUGAACAAUUGUAUAGUUUUGACAAUGAUUUUAUUGUCUGUUUUCAGAGUGUGGUA